CUUUAGGCGUUGGUUGGUUAGCCUGCAGCAGUGGCCGCACGGCUAGCGUCAGGUAGCUACGUACCCCAGCCCAGCAGUCGCGCGGCUAGAGCUCCGCCUUGCCGGCAUCCCGUAACCAGGACGCCCGAAUCUCACCACGACGACGUACACAAACCCGCCCUACCGACCUCUCUAUCCUCCAACCUGAUACUCGCCACAUCCACUUCAGUGCCCAAACAUGGCGCCAAACCGCAUCGAGCAAGACGAGAUCGAGAAGUACUGGGAGAUAUUCAGUUCGCUCAGCAAUGGCGGCACCCACCUCGACGGCGCACAGGCAGCGCCUGUCCUCAAGAACUCACAUUUGCGCGAUGACCAGCUGGAGAGGGUGUGGGACCUGGCGGAUGUGGACAACGAUGGCAAGCUCGACUUUGAGGAGUUCUGUGUUGCCAUGAGACUCAUCUUUGACUUGAUCAAUGGGAUCUCGGUCGAUGUACCCAAAGUCCUCCCCGACUGGCUUGUCCCCGAAUCAAAAGCCCAUCUCGUGCAAGCCACGCGCGCCCUCUCCGGCUCCCAGCCCGCCUACGAGACCGUCCACGACGACGACGAUACCCCCGGUCUGCGCGACGGCUUCGACUGGUACAUGUCGCCGUCCGACAAGGCCAAGUACGAGGAGAUCUACACGGCGAACCGCGACGGCCACGGCAACAUUACCUUCGAUAGCUUAGCCGGCCUAUUCGAGAGCUUAGACAAUGUUCCAGACUCGGACGUGCGAUUUGCGUGGAACUUGGUAAACCCAAAAGCAAGAGAAAGCGUGGGCAAGGACGCCGCACUAGCCUUCCUCCACAUACUCAACCAGCGCAGCGAAGGCUUCCGCGUACCUCGCAGCGUGCCACCCAGCCUACGGGCUAGCUUCGAGAAAGCCCACAUCGACUACGACAUUGAAUCAAAUGCAAACUCACGAUGGGCCGCCACACGCGACGAGAACACCGCCACGGGCCGCAAAGCCAAGUUUGGCGACGCAUACCUCACACGUCUGGGUGUCGGCGACCGUGCCGCAAACUACGGUGCGCGAGGAGGCAAAGGCACAGAUUUCGGCGGUCGCACAACAGAAGACUGGGAAGAAGUCCGGCUGAAGAAACAACUGCGCGAGCUCGAGCAGAAGAUUGCCGACGUCGAGAAGGAGGCGGAGAACAGACGGCAUGGCAGGAGCAAGGAUAGUAAGCCGGCCCUCGUUAAGCGCGAGCUGGAGCUCCUGCUUGAUUACAAGAGGAACGUAUUGAAGGAUUUGGACAAUGAUGAAGGUGGCGCGGUCAAGGGGCUUGGUGGAAUCAGGGACGAGAUUGAGACGGUUAGGGAACAGGUUGAGGGAUUGCAGGGACAUCUCGACAACAGGAAGAGUGUCUUGGAGGAUCUGAGGAGGCAGAUUGAUGAUGAGAAGGCGAGGUGAGGGGCUAUGGAGACAGUGUGCUGCGUCAGCCGGUGGUGUUGUAAAUAUGUUUAGCUCUGGGUUUUCGAAGCUGAUGGAACAGCAAGUCGUCUUUGAAACACAACAUCUUACAUUCUUGUGCAUACUUCUUCAAGUUUGUUCAGUCUGUGCUUCCAAAUGCCUCUAACUCUAGUCUCAACACACCGCCAUACACAAAGGCCUCACUGGCCCUUCUUUCCAAGCCUUGUAAACAACUCUGGAUGAUCAAUAGCAUACUGUGCCCCGGCAGCCCAAUGAUACAACUUCGCCGCAAUAACAUACCCCUCUUUGGCAAACUCCUCCAGCCUGUCAUACAAUUCGGCAAUAGGGAUAUUCACUCUCUGGAUGUCCUCCCCUUCAUCGAGAUGCUGCUCUGGCUCCGGAUCGCCCUCAUUCAAAUGAAUCUCUACCAUGCACAAGCAAAGAUUUGCAGACG